CCUGAGGCGGCCGCGGAGAACAUCUCCCAGGCAGAGCCGGGGGAGCCGCGUUGAGGUCGGAGCUCUGUCGAGCUCGGGGGGCUGAAGAGACGCCGAAAGCAGCCCAGGGGGGCUCUUUUCUCCCCACAGCUGCGAUGAGACACAGAAAAGUUAAUGACUUGUCCAGGAUCACAGCCAAUAAGCGACAACUGUGUCUCCAUAGGUCCUUUUGUGUUACUGAAGUCCGUGUGUUGCCCUGUGCUGUUGAUGGGCCAGGGAAUUGGCUGCCCAGAGAAAAGCAGAAAGUCAGAGCUGGCAUUAAACCAGAGCAUGAGGAAGGAGGAAGAUGGAGAAGAGCACAGAGAGGAAGCUGUGGAGAGAGGUGCCCAGCAGCUAAGAGCUCUCCGUGGUGUGGCAGACUUAAACAAUGGAGCCAUUGGGCUAUACAAUAUGGGACUGAGCUGCUGCCUGAAUUCUCUGCUUCAGGUGUUCUUCAUGAACACACACUUCACCAUGAUACUACGAAGGAUCAGAGUCCCGAUAGGACAUGCAGAACAAAAGGAGAGUGUCCCAUACCAAAUGCUCUUGCUGUUGGAACAGAUGCAGCAUAGCAAACAGAGAGCCGUGUAUCCCCAAGAACUUGUCCGCUGUCUCACUGUGCACAAUUUGAAAUUGUUUGUCCAGUAUGACGCUGCUCACCUCUUCCUGAGCCUCUGGAACCUCAUUAAGAAUCAGAUCACAGACCGGGAGCUGGCUGACAGGUUGACCACGCUGUACACUAUCUGGGUGCAGGAGUAUCUGGUUUGUCAGAAGUGCUCCUUUGAAACCAGGAGGGACAGCAACAUGGUAACCCUCCCACUCCCAAUGUUUAAUGCCCGUUCUCAGCGACUGAAGACACUGGAGGAUUCCUUGCAUUGCUUUUUCCAGCCCGAGCAGCUGACUGACAACAACAUGUGUCUCUGUGAACAGUGUGAAAGGAAAACACCAAGUGUGCAGGGCAUGAGGCUAACAUGUCUGCCACAGACCCUCACCCUUCACCUAAAGCGCUUCUGCUACAGGAAAUCUUCCUGGACUCAGAAGAUCAGCUACUCUCUGCCUUUUCCACAAAGCCUUGAUUUCAACCAGAUCCUGACACAAGAGCAAUUUCACCCAGAUGCCAAAGAGAAGGCAGAUUGGCAGUAUGAUCUCUUUGGUGUUAUUGCUCACUCGGGAUUAGCCAGCUUUGGUCACUAUUGUGCCUACAUUCGGAGUCUCACGGAAGGCAGAUGGUACUGCUUCAAUGAUUCUAGUGUCUGUCAGGUAUCGUGGGAUGAUGUCAAAUGUACCUAUGGAAAUUCACAUUUCAACUGGGGUGAAACUGCCUAUCUCCUGGUGUACAUGAGAAAGAAUCCCCAGUAGCCUCAUCCAGGCCUGCUUCAGGGACUUGGGGGCUCUACGCAGGCCCCAUCCUAUUUAUGGAAUCUGACAGCCCUGCUCCAAGAAGAACAUCUACAAAUCCAUCAGUACGGCAGAGUGGGAGACCUGAACUCAGCUCAGCGGCGACACAUCACUGUGUAUAGUGUGUGUAUGGGGAAAUGGGAAGGUUCUGUGGGGGCACGAGACCGCCCCCGUGUUGCCUCUGCCUCCACCUCCUGGAAUUUGAUAUGUAAGUAGACAACAGAGAAGAGCAACCAUCUUCCUCCUCCUGCUCUCUGCCCUGUGCUGCCCACAGAACUUGCAGGCAUCCCUCCCUGCCUGAACAAUCCUCAAUCAAUUUAGUAAGUGUUCAAAUCAAGACCAACAAAAGGAGCAACGCAGUUGGGAUGCACAGUCCCCCAUGCGCCAUCAGGGUGGGUGGUGUCACGGUGGGAUGGUGGUUAGGGCUGGAUCACCUCACUUAACAAGAAGUUGGAGAAUUGUCAGUCACUUUUUGUUGGGGGUGGGGGAAAUGAUGACACCCCCAAAUCGCCUUCCCGUUGAUAUGCACCUUGGAGGCUGCUGCUGCUUCAGUGCACCCCCAGCAGCAGCAAGCUGCUGUUGCGGAUGCAUUGAAGCAGCAGCAGGUCUGCUCCCUCUUUCCCACUCUCCACUGGGGUUCUCGGGCUGGAGGGAGCUCCAUCUUAGCUGCCUGGUGCUGAGCACCACAUCACCACCAUGUUGCAGCUCCUCUUCCUGAUCUCGAAGAUGCCCCCGAUUCACCUCAGUGGGUGGUCUGCAAAGCAGGCAGCGGGAAGCACUGGGUCUCCAGCAGCAGGGAAGGAGAAGCAGUCCCAUGUAGCGGGGCAGGUGUGUGUGGGUGAGAAGGGGAGAGCUCAGCCAGAUGCCCUGAUGCAUCCUCCCUUUCCACACUGCACAGACACACAGCCAGGGGGAGCUACUGCCUCUUGCUGCUGGGUGUCCCAGUGAGAGAGGGUCCAAGAAAUAUGGGGGGGCUGUGUGCUGCCCCCCCCAAGCGUUGCCUCUGCCCGCCCCCACCAAUUGCCAUUGUCUUUUUCUGGUGGCUGCUGCACAGAAAUUGUCAUUCUCACUCAUGCCUGCUGCUGCCCAUCACUGUGCUCUGCAGACUGCCUCUCAACCACGCUUCCUCCUGCCUUCUAGGCUGCACAAGAGGGAGUGGGUCUAUGAAGAAAAUGAAAAUCAUCUUAAUCAGCAGAAAAAAUCUUUAUACUGUGCCACAUAUUCAUGACCUCCUUGUGCCCUUGGUUCAGCUUGCACAUUGGCUCCAAUGUCAGCGUCAUGCAGUUAGAGGGAGGACUUGGGAAUUAGGAAGGAAGCGGAUUGGACAUCAGUGACAAGUAAAAAUCAGAAGUACACAUAUUUAUAAAGUCUCAUCAUCAGGUACACGAGCUUUCACGUUUUAUCGGUAGAGAAAGAUAUAAUUUUUGAUUAGGACCACAUUUUAAAGUGCUCAUGUGCAGCUAGUCCUGGGAACAAGACAGUGACAUUGGGCAGUGCUGCAGAGACUGCUUUCUGUACCUAGACUAGAUCAUCCUGGAAUAUCUGCACUGGCGUUCACGUCAUAUCUGAUAAGAAUAAAUGUAGUGCUGACUGAAUAGUGACACAAGCUGUGUGUGUUCUGUCUUUAUUGUUAUCAUGAUGAAAUUCCCAAGAUCAUGCCCAUAAGUCAGAUUUUUUUUUCUUAUGUAGAUUUUAAGUGGGCUUUCAGGAUGGGGAAAGGGGAGGUGAAAGCGCGAGAGUGUAACUGAGAGACUGAUUAUAGUUAAUUAGCAGGUAAUUACACCAUUGUAUGGGCAAUCUAUUUUAUUCUGUUCUACUGCAUUUUAUUUGAAACUUGUAUUAUAUUAAUAUUAUAGUAAUAUACUAAUAUUAAUAACAGUUGACAACUUACUGCUUGGA